ACCCCGGCGGGUCGAGGGGCCGAGUCUAGGCGGGUGCAGGCCGGACCGCGGAGACUGGAACAGAAAGACUCGACCUUGCAAUUAGCCCACCAGGCUGGACGCAGACGCCUAGAGCUCGCUGGGACCGGGAGCGCCGGGUCUCGACGAAGCAAUAGUGGGGUUGCGCGGCAAACGCAUCGCCGCGUCAUCCGAGCUCCUCUCUGGCUUUAAAACAAGGGCCUGAGCCUCCCGAAGCCGCGCAUUUGCGAGAGUUGAACAAAAUUCGCGCCCUAGUCCCUGCAGCACUAGGUCAAGGCGCCACCUGCUCCCCGCGGGAACUCACUCAGUGCACCCAGUCCAGAGGAGCAACCCGACCACGGUCCCACCUGCGCCUAGCCUGGCAGGAAGACUGUAACCAAUCCAGCCACCUAGCCUAGCGAUAUGAAAGUUGUGUUUGUAGAGCCUGCCAUUUGCCUUAGUGCAUUUGCACUGACUUUAACUAGUCCACUCACAACACAGUAUGUAUACAGGAGAAUAUGGAACGAGACAAGUAACUACAGUAUUGCAUUUGAGAGUAAUAUAUCUCAGUGUGAAACAAACAAAAACAGCUCGAUUUUCAUAUUACAGGAGAAAGUUCAGAAAAAAGUGUCUCUUUUCAGUCUGCAAAUGGACAUGAGUGGAUUAAUUCCAGGUCUGGUGUCUACGUUUAUACUUCUGUCUCACAGUGAUCACAAAGGACGGAAGUUCCCUAUGAUUUUGUCUUCUAUUGGUGCUCUUGCAACCAGUAUUUGGCUCUGUUUGCUUUCCUAUUUUGACUUUCCAUUCCAAAUUUUGAUAGCAUCUACCUUUAUUGCUGCAUUUUGUGGCAAUUCCACCACCUUUUUGGGAGCCUGUUUUGCCUAUAUAGUUGACCAAUGUAAAGAACAGAAACAAAAAACUAUUCGAAUAGCUAUAACUGACUUUAUACUUGGACUUGUUAUUGGAUUAACAGGACUGUCAUCUGGCUACUUUAUUAGAGAACUAGGCUUUAUGUGGUCAUUUUUAAUUAUUGCAAUGGUUCUUACUGUCAAUUUAAUUUAUAUUUUAUUUUUUCUUGAUGAUCCAGUGAGAGAGUCUUCAUCUCAAAGUGUAGCCAUGUCAUGUAGCGAGGGUUUAAAAAACCUGUUUACCAGAACUUAUACACUUUUUAAAAAUGCUUCUGGGGAGCAACGACCUUUGCUUGGUUUGUUACUUUUUACAAUGAUGAGUUAUUUUUUUGUGAUAAUUGGCAUAUCCCCCAUUAUUAUCCUUUAUGAAUUAAAUUCACCACUCUGCUGGAAUGAAAUUUUUAUAGGUUAUGGCUCAGCUUUGGAUAGUGUCUCUUUUUUGAGUAGUUUCUUGGGAAUAUGGCUUUUUUCUUACUUUAUGGAAGAUAUUCACAUGGCUUUCAUUGGAAUUUUGACAACCAUGGUGGGAAUAGCUAUAACUGCCUUUGCCAAAACAACAUUGAUGAUGUUUCUAGUCAGACUGCCGUUCCUUUUUACUAUUGUACCCCUGUCUGUCCUGCGGUCUAUGAUGUCAAAAAUGGUUCACCCGACUGAACAAGGUACUCUGUUUGCUUGUAUUGCUUUCUUGGAAAUAAUCAGUAAAGUCACUGCAAUUACUGUUUUCAAUGGAAUUUAUUCAGCCACUGUUGACUGGUAUCCAGGCUUCAUCUUUCUGCUGUCUGCUGUUAUACUACUAAUUCCAGCAAUCAGUCUAUGUGUUGUCAAGUGCACCAACUGCAAUGAAGGAAGCUAUGCCGUUCUUACACAAGAAGAGUCCGGUGAUGAUACUGCAGACAGAUGAUAAUUUGUGAUUAUUUUUAAGUGCACAUUGAAUCAGCUCCACCAUCAAUACUUUAUGAGCAAUCAAUUAUGUGUCCUCUCUUCUUUACUAUAGUUAGAGAAAUAAAUAGCUCCUGGCACUAGUUUCUAAAAGUACUAUGCACUUUGAGCACUUUAUGAAUAUCAUGUGAUAUAUUUCUAAUCCACAGGAAAAAAAUUCAUUUUUGGAUUUAUGAAAGAAAUAGAAGCUUAAUAAUACAAAAAAAUUAAGAAGUUAUGCAAACAAAAGCAAUAAUCUUUGUGAAAUUCUCCAGAUGAUCAAGAAGCCUUCACCUCAGUUUCUUGGUCCACAAAAUGAGUUUCUGACAUCUCUCAGGGAUUAUGAAAGCAAACCUUAAAUGUUAUGAUGCUGGGGCUGGAGCAUAGUGGGUAAGGCUUUUGCCUUAUACCUUUUUUGGCCCAGGUCCUAUCUCUGGCACCCCAGGUGGCCCCCCAAUCCUACUAAAAGUGAU